UUUUUUUUUUUUAACAUUUCAAAGGCAGAUUGGGAGCGGUGCCGAGAAAAAUUUCCUUACUAGAUGACAUUUCAUCGCAAUGUCCGAUCGUUUGGGGCAAAUAACCAAGGGCAAGGAUGGGAAAAGCAAGUAUUCGACUCUCAGCCUGUUUGAUAAGUAUAAAGGAAAAUCAGUAGACGCAGUCAGAUCCUCAGUUAUUCCUCGACAUGGCUUACAGAGUCUCGGGAAAGUUGCCACAGCCCGGCGCAUGCCACCACCUGCAAACCUGCCAAGCUUGAAGUCUGAAAACAGAGGAAACGACCCCAACAUCGUGAUAGUUCCCAAGGACGGAACGGGAUGGGCAAACAAGCAGGAUCAGCAAGACCCAAAGAGUUCCAGUGUGACGGGCUCUCCGCCGCCGGAGUCGCUGCCGCAGCCGGGUUUGCAGAGGCCUGUCUCCAGCUUACAGAAGCCGACACAGUCGAGCAGCCAGGAGAACACAAAUUCAGUGCCAGGUGGACCAAAGUCAUGGGCACAGCUGAAUGGAAAGCCAGCAGGACACGAAGGUGGUUUAAGGGGCUCAAGCCGACUGUUAUCCUUCUCUCCCGAGGAGUUUCCGACGCUGAAAGCAGCUGGAGGGCAGGACAAGGCUGGCAAGGAAAGGGGCGUCUUCGAUCUGUCGUAUGGGCCAGGACCAAGCCUCCGCCCUCAGAAUGUGACAAGCUGGAGGGAGGGCGGUGGGCGAAACAUAAUUUCUGCCACGUCUCUGAGCGCCUCCCCAACUGAGCUGGGCAGCAGGAACUCAAGUGCGGGAGACGGAGCCCCCUCCUCGGCAUGUACCAGCGAUUCUAAGGACCCCUCUCUCCGCCCGGCUCAGCCUGUCCGAAAAGGGGCUUCACAGUUCAUGGGAAAUGUAUACCACCCACCUACAUACCAUGACAUGCUUCCUGCUUUUAUGUGUUCACCGCAGUCAUCAGAGAACCAGGGUACAGUGGAACGAGGAUCUUUUCCCCUUCCCCAGCUCCGUCUUGAACCCCGUGUUCCUUUUAGACAGUUCCAGAUGAAUGACCAAGAUGGAAAAGAAAGCAGGCUGGGAACGACUCGCCCCAUCCGCCCGCUGAGGCAGCUGGUGGGACGGGCGCCGCGGCCCACGAUCAUCAACGCCGAAAACCUGAAGGGCCUGGACGACCUGGACGCAGACGCUGACGAUGGCUGGGCAGGCCUUCAUGAGGAAGUGGACUACUCCGAGAAACUGAAGUUCAGUGAUGAUGAAGAGGAGGAAGAAGUUGGGAAGGAUGGCAGGCCGAAGUGGAGCAGUUGGGACCCCAGACGGCAGCGACAGUUGUCGAUGAGCUCCGCGGACAGUGCCGAUGUCAAGCGUUCCCAAGAGGAAGGAAAGGACUGGGGCGAAGCAGUGGGUGUGACCCGUGUCGUCCGGAAAGUGCCAGAACCUCAGCCACUUUCCAGGAAACUUCACAGCUGGGCGUCUGGCUCUGACUACCAGAAAUCCUCGCUGGGCAGCAUGUUCCGGCAGCAGUCUAUGGAGGAGAAAGAGGACAAGCCACCCCCACGGCAGAAGUUUGUGCAGUCAGAGAUGUCCGAGGCCGUGGAGCGAGCCCGAAAGCGCCGGGAGGAGGAGGAGCGCCGAGCCCGGGAAGAGAGGCUGGCUGCCUGUGCUGCCAAGCUCAAGCAGCUGGACCAGAAGUGCAAGCAGGCUCAGAAGGCGGGAGAGGCCCAGAAGCAGGCAGAGAAGGAAGUGCCCCGAUCUCCAGGCACCGAGAAGCUGCCCCCACAGGAGAAUGGCCCUGCUCUGCGCAAAGGCUCUCCUGAGUUCUCUGCCCAGGGAGCCCCCAACACGUUUUCGGAAGAAGCCCCCACGGCUCCUCCAGCUGUGGCCCAGAGCGGCAGCAGUGAGGAGGGGGCCAGGGAGGCUGGGUCCCCUGCACAGGAGUUCAGCAAGUACCAGAAGUCACUUCCUCCCAGGUUCCAGCGCCAGCAGCAGCAGGAGCAGCUCUACAAAAUGCAGCACUGGCAGCCCGUGUACCCUCCGCCUUCCCACCCACAGCGCACCUUCUACCCCCACCAUCCCCAGAUGCUGGGCUUCGAUCCCAGGUGGAUGAUGAUGCCUUCCUACAUGGACCCACGAAUCCCGCCCACCCGCGCCCCAGUGGAUUUCUACCCCUCCGCCCUCCACCCCUCAGGAUUGAUGAAGCCAGUGUUGCCCCAAGAUUCCCUCAGUGGGACUGGCUGUCGCUCUGAGGACCAGAACUGUGUGCCCCCACUGCAAGAAAGGAAAGUGGCCGCCCUCGAUCCAGCGCCCGUGUGGAGCCCCGAGGGUUAUAUGGCAUUGCAGAGCAAGGGCUACUCACUUCCCCAGCCAAAAUCGAACGACACUUUGGCCAUGGACAUGCAUGUCAGGAAUGAAAGCUCUUACUCUGCCUCCCCCGGAAGGUCAGGGGGCGUAGGUGCCCAGCGCGAUCUCCUUGAGGAGAGAGGGGAGGAGUUCUUGAGUGCUUUUGACAAGAAGGCCCAAGCAGACUUUGACAGCUGUGUCUCUUCUCAAAGAAUAGGCCAGGAGCUUUUGUUUCCACCCCAAGAAAAUAUUCAGGAAGCAGGUGCUCCUGGAGGUCACACCCCAGACCUCAGGUGUUCCCCACUGGAGCCUGACUUUGCCCCAGCCGAGAAAAAGCCGGAAUAUAGCAAUUGGGACGUUAGUCACCCUCCAGAGGCCACCAACACAACCAACGGCAUCGAGAAGGGGGCGCCCCGGGAGGAGCCAUCCUUUAACAUGUCCUCCUGGGAGAAGGAAGGGAGCCCCAACAAAGAGCCGCCCCUGGAGCCCGAGUGGACGCCUGAGCCCAGGGGCCCAGGCGGCCAGCACCCGGAGCAGACUGGCAGGACGCGGAGGUCAGGACCCAUCAAGAAACCCGUCCUGAAAGCCCUCAAGGUAGAGGACAAGGAGAAGGAACUCGAGAAGAUGAAGCAGGAGCUGGGGGAGGAGAGUGCCCGCGUGGCCAAGGAGAAGGGGCCGGUUCGCACGGCAGACAAGGACGAGGACGAAGAGAACGACCCCGCCCUGGCCAAUUCCUCCCCCUCCCCCUUGGAGGACCAGGGCUCCGCCCGCGCUAGUUUGGGCCGCGAGGCCAGCAGGUGCGAAGAGGACGAGAAGCCCGACAGGGCCUGGGAGAGCAGACCCUCCCGGGAGUCCAGCGACACUCCCCCGACAAAGAGGAACAACUGGAUUUUUAUCGAUGAGGAGCAAGCCUUUGGGGGCCGAGGGCAGGCCCGGGGCCGUGGCCGCGGCUUCCGAGAGUUCACCUUCCGCGGGCGGCCUGCGGGCGGUGGCCCCGGCCUCUGCGGUGGGGGGGUGCUCGGGGCGCGGGGCAUCUAUGGCGGCGGCCAGAGGAGCGGCCGCGGCCGGGGGCUGCGGGACUUCGGCCAGCCGGAAGACUUCCCUAGGGCCAAGCCGCGGCGGCGAAUCGCCAGCGAGACCCACAGCGAGGGCUCCGAGUAUGAAGAGCUUCCCAAGCGGCGGCGGCAGCGAGGCUCGGAGAACGGGAGCGAAGGCUCGCUCCUGGAGCGGGAGGGCAGCGCCCUGAGGAAGGGUGACUUCAGGGACUCCUGGCGCUCCAACAAGGUGUGCUCCGAGGACCACAGCAGCCUGGAGGCCAAGAGCCGAGGCCCUCGCGCCUUCGGCCGGGCGCUCCCUCCCCGGCUGAGCAGCUGCGGCUACGGGCGGAGAACCUUCGUGUCCAAAGAGGCCGCCCACUGGCAGAGCAAGAGCUCGGGCGCCUCCUGGCAGGAGUACAGCUCCCCGGAUGCGUGUGGGUCCCGGCGACCUGCAGACAGAGACUGUGUCCCCGACGCAUACAGACAUUCUGACUCGUUUGGUGCCAGGGCCUUCGAGGACAGCCGCCUGGAGGACAAGAGGCCCUUCUUCCCCGACGACCACGCGGCCGACCCGGAAGGCACAGAGAACCGGCCCUUCCGGAGAAGGCGCCCCCCACGCCAGGACAAGCCACCGCGUUUCCGGCGCCUCCGGCAGGAGCGGGAGUCCCUGGGCCUGUGGGGGCCCGAGGAGGAGCCCCACCUGCUGGCAGGGCCAUGGCCGGGCCGGCCCAAGCUCUGCCCCGGGGACAAGAGCGGGUCCCCCGAGCUCUCGUACCAGAACUCGUCUGAUCACGCCAAUGAGGAAUGGGAGACGGCCUCCGAGAGCAGUGACUUCAGUGAGAGGCGGGAGCGGCGCGAGGGCCCCGGGGCCGAGCCCGACCCCCAGGCGGACGGCAGCCUGCCCGGGGCUGCCGUGGGUGAGAAGAAGGAGCUGGCCAAGAGGAGCUUCUCCAGCCAGAGGCCCCUGGCUGACAGGCAGAGCCGAAAGCUGGAGCCGGGGGGUUUUGGGGAGAAGUCCGUUAGGCCAGGUGGUGGUGACACUUCUCCCCGUUUUGAGAGCCAACAGAAUGGGACGCCUUUGAAAGCCAAAAGGCCCCCCGACGAGGCUUUGCCUGGAGGUCUUGGUUGCAGCGGUGGGAGCAGCCACUAUGCGCUGGAGCGGACAGCCCACGCCGCUUCUGACGUCCCCGAAGCCCCCUGUGAGAAGGCAGAGAAGGAGGCCAAGCUGGCUACUCAGAGGGCGGGUGAACAGGGAGAGACCAUGAAACAGUUUGACCUCAACUACGGAAAUUCCAUCAUUGAAAACUGCGGGUCCAGCCCCGGGGAGGAGAGUGAGGUGGGCCCCAUGGCGGGUGAAGGUUUCAUCGAGGUCCUCACCAAGAAGCAGCGCCGUCUGCUGGAAGAAGAGAGAAGGAAGAAGGAGCAGGCCGUGCAGAUGCCUGUCAAGGGCCGAGGUCUUUCCUCCCGUAUUCCUCCUCGGUUUGCUAAAAAGCAAAACAGCUUGUGCCUGGAGCAGAGCGACGUGACCGUGCCUGGCAGUAGCCUGGGCACCGAGAUUUGGGAGAGCAGCGGCCAGGCCCUCCCCGUUCAGGCCCCGACUAACGACUCCUGGACAAAAGCCGCCACUGCCUUCAACAGCGCCGAGCCUGGCUCUGCCGAGCAGGGUUUUAAGAGCAGCCAGGGGGACAGCGGCGUUGACCUGAGCGCUGAGUCUCGGGAGUCGUCUGCCACCUCCUCCCAGCGCAGCUCCCCGUACGGCGCUCUGAAACCGGAGGACAUGAACGGGCCUGGCCUGGAGCCCAAGGCUGACGGCCACAAGGAGCAGGCUCAGAAGCAGUCCGAGCCGAAGGAUACAGAACAAGGGUCAGGACAGAGCAAGGAGCACAGACCAGGACCCAUCGGCAAUGAGCGUUCUCUGAAAAACAGAAAGGGCUCGGAGGGGGCCGAGCGGCUGCAGGGGGCCGUUGUCCCGCCUGUUAACGGGGUAGAGAUUCACGUGGACUCCGUGCUGCCGGUGCCGCCCAUUGAAUUUGGAGUCAAUCCAAAAGACUCUGAUUUCAGCCUGCCGCCUGGUUCUGCCUCUGGUCCUUCGGGGAAUCCAGUUGUCAAACUUCAGGAUGCCUUGGCCAGUAACGCGGGCUUAACGCAGAGUAUUCCCAUCCUCCGGCGCGACCAUCACAUCCAGAGGGCCAUCGGCCUCUCCCAAAUGUCCUUCCCCACCGCUGACCUCACCCUGAAGAUGGAGUCCGCGCGCAAGGCUUGGGAAAACUCGCCCAGUUUGCCGGAGCAGAGCUCUCCUGGAGGCGCGGGCUCAGGCAUCCAGCCCCCAUCGUCUGUGGGAGCCUCCAACGGGGUCAACUACAGCUCCUUCGGCGGAGUUUCCAUGCCACCCAUGCCCGUGGCCUCUGUCGCGCCUUCGGCUUCUCUUCCAGGCAACCACCUGCCGCCUCUAUACCUGGACGGCCACGUGUUCGCAAGUCAGCCCCGCCUGGUUCCCCAAACCAUACCUCAGCAGCAGAGUUACCAGCAGGCUGCCGCUGCCCAGCAGAUCCCACUCUCCCUUCACACGUCUCUGCAGGCUCCAGCCCAGCUGGGACUGAGGGGCGGGCUCCCCGCCUCCCAGGCUCAGGAGAUCUUCAGCUCCUUACAGCCCUUCAGAUCUCAGGUGUACAUGCAUCCCAGCCUGUCACCGCCCAGCACCAUGAUCCUCUCUGGAGGCACAGCCUUGAAGCCUCCGUACUCGGCGUUCCCAGGCAUGCAGCCCUUAGAGAUGGUGAAGCCCCAGUCUGGCUCCCCCUACCAGCCCAUGAGUGGGAACCAAGCCCUGGUCUACGAGGGCCAGCUGGGUCAGGCUGCAGGCCUGGGCGCCUCCCAGUUGUUGGACUCCCAGCUCCCACAGCAGCUGACGAUGCCGCUGCCUGGCUCCCAGCUCCCCCUGCCGCGGUACGGCUCUGGACAGCAGCCCCUGAUUCUGCCACAGUCCAUCCAGCUGCCGCAGGGGCAGAGCCUCUCUGUCGGGGGGCCCCGAAGAAUCCUUCCACCCGGCUCCCAGCCUUCGGUCCUUAACACCAGCAGAGAGUCCUCUCAGAUGGAGAUGAAGGGCUUCCACUUUGCCGACAGUAAACAGAAUGUUCCUUCAGGAGGCUCCGUGCCAUCACCACAGACUUAUAGGCCUAGCUCUGCUAGCCCCAGUGGGAAGCCCUCUGGAUCAGCAGUUAACAUGGGCUCUGUGCAGGGACACUACGUUCAACAGGCCAAACAACGAGUGGAUGAAAAACCCAGCCUGGGAGCCGUGAAACUGCAGGAGGCCCCCUCGGCCGCCUCCCAGAUGAAGCGAACAGGAGCAAUCAAGCCUCGGGCGGUCAAAGUGGAGGAGAGCAAGGCCUGAAGGUGCUUGGCCACGCCUCGACCCCCCCCACCCCCCCAGAGGACAGGGCCGCCGCUCCGCCUUGACACAGCCAGACGCUCGGACAUCUCGGACAUCUCACCAGAUUCACUGUCCAACCACCUGGCCCGGACUGAGAGACCUCCCUUCCCUUGUCCAUUCCCGAAAGCUCCGUUGUCCAACAAGCUUGCCCCCGUGGAUAUGUGGCACUGACCUGCUCGCUUUACUAUGAAGCAAACAAGCAAGCAAACGACCCCAUCCCCACGUUGUCCCCGUCUCCUGUCCACAGUGACUGUGGAGUGACUCGAGCCUUUGUGCAGUACAGAUGAUCCCGCCCCUCCCUGUCCCACCUCUCCGCCAGGGCGCUUUCUCUGCAGCGCUUCCCACUUCCACCCCCCCCCCCCCCCCCCCCCCCCCCCCCCACCCCGCCCCAGGCACAGUGGUUUGGCAGCAGGGCCAUUUUAGUUUGAGGCUUUUUGUUUUAAAAAGCAACUAAAGUUUUUACAAAGGAGAAAGGAAAAGAAAACAAAAACAAGCUAUGUGUGCAUAGCUGAACUUUUCUACGUUCUUCUCCAUCUUCUCCCUCACCCCUCCUCUGUCCCAGUCCCACACUGCCCCCUCUCUCCUGGGCCACUGGGCCAUCCCUGCCAUAUCUUAACACAGGACUCUUGGGCAGACGUCCCUCCUGCACGCUCUCUGUGGGUUAACCGGUGCGGGUGCUCACAGAAAACAUGGAGGCCACGCCGGGGGGCAGCUCUGUGCUCGGGAGCAGUGAGGGGGAGAGGCAGGUGAGGUUGCUGUCACGGUUGGGUUCCAGCCUCUGGCCUGAUAGUCGACUGCUGGAGCUUAGGGGCAUUUUUAGUGUAAUCAUGACAUAGAAUUUCUGUCCUGGACUCUGUUAAAGCCAGUGGACGUGCUGACCACGGGGCAGCUGAGGUAAAUCAUGGAGAUACAGAGUCCCUGGUGUUUCCCGGCGCGGCCCAGAUGGUGCAAGCUGACAGCACCGCAGGCCCCAUGCAGGCCUCUGCGUCUGGGGCUCUGGCACCUGGGGGCUGCUGUUGACCCGCACGCCCUUCCUUGAAGCCUUCCAUAACGUGCCCUCCUCUCCUCCUGAGCCUUUCUCUUGUCUGGAUCCUCCUGUCCCGGCACCUUCCACACAGCUCGCCCCCGGAAACUGUGAGGCUCCCUCAUGUGGGGACGGGCGCGGACGGCUGGCUGCUGGGGUCUGCGGCAGAGGUGUGCGGCCCGGAAGGCUGCUCCCACCGGCAGACCCGGGUGGUUGGGCCAGAGGCGCCUGAGCUGGGCUGUGGGCCGCCUGGGAGAAAAGUGUGUAGCAAUGCCGCUAGCAAAAUAUUUGUGUGAGCCAUUUUAUGCUGGCUUUUUGUUGUUUCUUCUUAAAAUAAGACCUAGAAGGAAAUCAUCCCCGAUUUUGUCAUUCCAAGGAGAGGGGAAGGGAACUGUCAGGUUUUGCACAUGCUCUUCGGGGUAACUAAGCGGCCAGCCACGUUCCUAAACGAGUUGCUGCCUGUCACCGCCGGGGGCUCCAGGGAGGGCCUGGCCCAGAGCACGGGCAGUAGGUGGGUGGGGACGCGCCCCGCAGAGCGCACCCUCGGGCCGCCGCAGCUGUGUGACACCCGCGCUCAGCACUGUGUCCAGCGUGGAGCCGGGAGCAGCGCGCGGAAGUCCUCGGGGCCCUGUACUGCUUUGAGGAAGCGGGGCUCGUCCCGCCAGCGAGAGUGCAGGGCGGACACAGGGGUCCUCCGGAGAGGGCCGGUGGUCUUGGCAGAUGCUCUAGUGCUUCGUCGACAGCUUUGCGCUCCCCUUCUGCCUCCACCCUCACCGCGCGCUCCUACCAGCUGGUCCCCUUCAGGCCGGGAUCUUGUUUCUGAGGUCCCUUCUCCGAAGGCUGCUCGCCUGACGAGUUGCCCGCACUCACCUGCCCUGUGUGCUCAUCUGCUCUCUCUCUUCCCUGCGGGUGUGUGACUGCCGUCCCCGUGACCAGCUGCCCUGCCCUGUCCCCCCUCUGCUGCCCCUGCGGGAGCCACACAUGCUCGCCGCCGCCGUGCACUCAGCAACACGGCCAGGCCCGCACACCGAAUUCCAGGGUGCAUUGUAUGUCAGAAGGAAAGAAAGGUUUUUCUCAUUUUGAAAUACAACAGAACAGCCCCGGAUGCUGUUCCAAGCUCAAGGUGUUGUACCCUUCCGGUGGACCUGCCGUCAGUGUGACAGAGCUUCCUGGUUGAGAAAGAGUAAAAACAAAAGGUCAUCUGUUUGCCAGCCCUUUCCUCUACUCCUGUAUUUUCUCUCCUCCCCCUCCCCAAUAAAAACAGAAAACACUAGAAUUUAUUUAUAUGUAUUGAUGUUGUAGGUCUAGGUGAAAAAAAGUAAAUGUUUCACUGCUCUAUUUAUAUAUAAUGUCUGAAUUAUUCUGUGCAGGAAAGGCCAGGAAAUUGCAUGUGAAGUUCAGUGCAUUCACCACCUCUGUGUGCCCGAGCUGCGGUCUCUUUCCCACUAAGAUACAGAUUUUAAAUUGGGCUUGGGGCAGAGGGCAGGUCUGAGGCCUGCCUGACCCCGCAUCCCUUCCUCGGUCUGAUGAAAUGCAGUUUUUAGUGCAGAGAGGUUUUAAGGUGCAAUAUCUCUUUUCACGUGGUUUUAGAACCAAGCUCAAGGUAAUAGGGCUUAGGGUCUUAGUCUGGUUUCAAACCCCCAUCCUUAGAAUGCAAAUCCAUGGGGAGGCCUCUGCCAGGAUGCCAUGGGGCUUUUGGUGGCAACAGGUGAAGACCAGCACUUACCUUUCUGGGGCUGCUGAGAUUGGGGUGGAGGGAGAAUGGCGGGGGGUGGGGUCAGAACCCUGUCAGUGCACCUCUCCCUCCCUUCUGAUGCUGGCAGCUUGGCCCUGGCCAUUGAUGGUGCAGCCUGUUGCUUGGCAACCAGUGACCCUGCAGUAGUGUCUGUCCAGUGUCAACUGCUCAGUGGGGUGACAUCCUGGAGUGUGGGGUCGAGUGUUCAAGAGGCAUACACCCCCCUUGAAAACCUCUCUGCCAGUUAUAUUUGGUCUGGUUUUCUUUAGUGUUGCUUCCCCCUUUUUAGUCCACAUUGUUGUUUUCAAACUUGGAAUUCAUACACUUCUGGCUCUGGGUUCCUUAUGAGGGAAAACAGAGAAUGACUUAUUCAGAAAUUGGUUGAGUUCCAAAGAUGUGGUCAUUCCAGCCACUUGGAGGGGUAUUGGGGAAUCUUGUGAAGUACUGACCUCGGGUCUCUCCAGUUAUGCCCUCGCCCUCCUGUCUUCUGGAUCUGCCCUCUGGAUGGGUGAUGAGGUUUGUGACUGAUGCUCAGAGCCAAGGAGGCUGAGGGUGUGCACAUGAGCGCACGGCCGUGUUCAGAAAUGGCCCACUGAGGCAGUGCGUGGCAGACUGGUGAAGCCCCUCCCUGCUGUUCGGUUCCCCUCCACCAAGUAGCUGCAUGUUGCCUCUCAAAUAUGUAUUUGUCCCUUUUCACUGCUUGCAGAGCAAGCCUGGGUUAGGUGGUCUGUGGGAAAUGGCCUUUGACAACUAAGGGCACUAGAGUGUUUGUGCUUUGUCAUGUUCUGUGCUGAAUGGGAAAUGCAGACUUCCAGAAAGCCAGCUCUUCCUGCUUGAAAACAUGAGAUGGACCCAAGAGAUCACCUGGGACUGGGUGGCUCAGUGUUGGGGUCAGGCACUGUGCCCUAGCCAUGCCCUCCAUCAGGACCACCAGUGCAUACUUGGCUAGUGCUCUUCCGGGCGCCUCUGACCUUGCCGUUCACCAUCUUCCCACCCUGACCGGGUGGCUGUGUCUCCAGGACCCUGUCUUCAGCAUGUUAUGAAGCCUCAGAGAGGAAAUGUCUAUGAAGGCUCUAGGUGGAUGACUUUCUUCCAUGGUUUAAAGGGGAUACUGUACUCCGAGCUUUUGACCUCAUGCCUUGCGUAGUAAAAAGGGUUUGGGUUUUUUGUUGUUGAGGGUUUUUUGUUCCCUUUUGUUUUGGCCUUUCCUCUUUGUCUUUUCAUGUAGACCAGAUAUUUGAAAGGGCAGACGAUGGCUAAAGGUGUAAUGUGCAGCUUGUUUAUAUAUUUUCUGGGAAGCUUUUGCCUUGGAUGGGAAAUGGAAUCAUGGAUUCAGCAGGCCAUGUGGUACACACACCCUUUGCCCUUCCCUCCGGAUCAGUACCUAUUGUUUCUCCUUUCAAAUAUGUGAUUGUACUAGCUCUUUCCAUAUGAAAGAAUUCUCCUUAUUUAAAUAAAAAAAUUAAAAAAAAAAAGAAAAGAAA